UCUGCCUUCCCUCGCUGUUGUGGACGAAACCAGAGAGGGGCCCCUAGAGCAGGCUGCAGUAUGAUCCCUGAAUUCCUCUGCCUCCUCUGCUUUGGGCUGUGUGCUGGCCAAGGAAGCAGGACAACUGAUGAGUCCCUUCCCAAGCCCUCCCUCAGGGCCUGGCCCAGCUCGGUGGUGUCUCGCAAGAGUAAUGUGACGCUGCAAUGCUGGACUUCUACCAAGAAUGUCAACUUUGUUCUCAGAAAGGGAAAAGUUCCUUUGCAGUCUUUGCCAUCACGGGCUUCCACAGAGGGCCUGGCUGAAUUUCACCUCACUGACCUAAACACCAACAAUGCUGGAGAGUACGCCUGUGAGUACUACAGACGAGGGAGCCCGUACAUACGUUCACAGCCCAGUGACGUCCUCCUACUGCUGGUGACAGGUGAGGAGGUGCCUCGGAGGGACAUAGGGUCUUGCAGGGACAGGAAGCACAAGCAGGUGCAGGAGAGUCACACUGGGCAGAUCCACGUGAGAAGGAGGGAUGCUCCUUUCCGGCUGGUGCUCAUCCUCUUCUCUCUCCCAGCUCCCCCAGAUGCCACGUCGGGGGAUUACACCAUGGGCAACCUCAUCCGACUGGGUCUGGCUGCCAUAAUGGUGGUGAUUAUGGGGGCUCUCGUGGUGGAAGCCUGGUGCAGCCAGAAGGAGUCUCCACGUGGAUCCACAUGAAACACCUGAGCGCCUGUCUUGUUCAUGGGCUGCUGUAGUGACAUGGGGUUCUCUAAACACCAAACUCUACCAUGGGACUUCUUGUGUUUCUCAACAUGGGCACAGAUGGCAUUUUUGGUGGGAUAUUUCUUCACCAUAUGGGGCCAUCCUGUUCGUUGUGGGAACAUUUAGCACUGUUGCUCUUUCCCAUUAAAGAGCAGUUGAAGCCCCAAAUCACUGUGGGAGAUGAUAACAAGCAAGUACUACCGCACUUUUCCAACACCCGUAGAUAUGGAGGAUGGGAGUGGGGUGGUGUCCCCCCGGCGGAGAGCCCGUGUUUGGGGGCCAGGAGAAAUAUUUCUUCUCUUCCUCCCUUCCUGAUCUCACAUCUGUCCUUCUACACAUAGGCUCCACAGCUGUCCAGGGGGAAUGAUGCGUCCUUGAUCAAGUUAACAGCUUGUGUGAGAUCUGGUUCUCCUCUACCCUGGGACAGGAGGUGCACAUGAGGGAGAUUUGGGAAGCUUGCAGAUGAGAUGUGAUCUCACUCAUUUCCUGACAUUAUCUAAGACCCAAAGUGGCCCCUGCAUCUUCUGACAGUGUCAUCUAGGAUAGUGACAGGAGUGACCAGGAACUGUCACCCAUUUUGAAGGCUUCUUGGUGCUCAGGAUGACAUAAAUUAAGAUAGUAUCAUUUGGUUGUUAAAUUAUUUGUGUGUCAAAAUCAAAAUUAAUAAAGUAUAUGGCACCAACUCACUUUUAUUGUUAAUACGAUACAGAAAAGGUGGAAUUUAACCACAAAUUCCAUACCAGUUAAGCGUGAUACAGUGUUCCACAGUGUUUUAGUAAAAGUAAAAGCAUCAUGACAUCCUGUGUUCCAUUACCUGAGAAAUUUGAGAAUAAAUAUCUUUUACUUAA